UGCUGGACCAGGUCCUGGGAUGCUGCUGACCAAGGUCCUUGGGGUGCUGCUGGCUCAGAUGUUAGGGUGCUGCUGGGCCAGGUCCUUGGGGUGCUUCUCUCCCAGGUUCUGAGGUGCUGCUGGUCCAGGUCUUGGGGUGCUGCUGGCCCAGAUCUUUAGGUUGCUUUUCUCCCAGAUCCUGGGGUGCUUCUCUCCCAGGUCCUCUCAGGGUGCUGCUGCCCAGCUCCUUGGGGUGCUGCUUUCCCAGGUCUUGGGGUGCUGCUGGCCCAGAUCUUUGUGGUUCUUCUCUCCCAGGUCCCUGGGGUGCUGCUGGCCCAGAUUUGUGGGGUGUUUCUCUCCCAGGUCUUGGGGUGCUGCUGGCCACACAAGGCUCCUCCAUCCAGCACCUCUUGCCCUGGUCUUUGCUACUGUGGCUGUGCCCUGGGCUGUGGGCACUGCCAGGGGACAGCACUGUCACUGUUACUGUCACUCACCCUCUGCCUGCUGCCCCAGGGGUUUGGGGACAGGGACACCCCACCACCCCUGGGUGAGCCCAAGUGGGUUCCUGGCUCCUCUCCUUCCCUUGCCAGCUGCUGGCACCUCCCUGGCAUUUCCACGGCCAGCCCAGCCAGGACAGCAGCUCUGAGGGCACCAGAUGACCCAGCUGUGCCUUUCCCUCCAUGCAGAGAGCCAGGGGCAGCAGGAUGGCACCAGCCAGGAUGGCACAGAGAGCAGCCCAGCUCCAGAGAGGCCCAGGGACAGCCUGCCAGGGCAGCAGCACGUGCCAGGACCUGGGCUGGCUCCAGGCCCCGAGGUGACCCAGGUGACGAGUGACUCUGAGGGGGACACGUUCAGUGACACCCUGGAGCAGAUGGAGCCUGAGAAGGCCGGGCAGAUGCGGGGGCUCCCCCCAAAGAGCCCCCAGGCCGGGGCUGAGCCCCCAGAGCCCCUCAGUGCUGGGCAGGGCGAGCGGGGCGAAGGCAGAAGAGCCGAGGGGAGCAGCAGCAGCAGCAGCAGCAGCAGCAGCACAGCCCUGCCAGCCCUGGGCUCCGACACAGGUGGGUGCAGAGCUCGUCCCUGUGCCCCCUCCUGCUGCUGCCACCUCCAUGGGCUGGCCUUGGGGGGUGAGAGGCUGAGUUUGGCUCCAGCACCCACAGUUGGGUGCUCAGGGGCUGAGGGAAGCCCCAAGUGUCCUGUGUGUGCAUCCCCAAGCAGCUCAGCCCCUCCUUUGCUCAUCUCCUGCUGUGGUACUGAAUUGUCUGAGUUUGGAGGAUGCAGGGACCUGUUCCCCGUGCCCAGCUCCUGCCCCUUGUCCUUUGGGUGUGGGUGGUGCCAAGGGUGAGCUGGGGUGCAGCUGUGACCUGGAGGCCUUGGGGACAGCAGUGCCACUCACCUGGGCACCACCAGGCCUUGAGCUGUGCCACUGCACCCUCUGUGCUGUGCCCAGACACUCUGGGGUGGCAUUGCCACCCUGACCCGUGGGACUGGUGCCAUUGCCUCACCUGGCACAGCUCACGUG